AUGUUUCCGUCUUUGGAUUUCUCUCGUUUCCACGAUCCCUCUCAGCGGGAGGAGUUUUGUCGCCAAUUUGUCUCAACAUUGAAGGAGUAUGGAUUUGCCAAACUGAUCAAUCACGGGAUUUCGUGUGCACAGAUUGACCUGGCGUUUGCAGCAGCCCGCCGCUUCUUCCAAUUACCCUUGGAACAAAAGUUAAAAUCACCUCAUCCUGCCACCGCGCAUCCACACCGAGGCUUCAGUCCGGUCGGGCUGGAGAACAUUGGAGCUGUCUCCGACUAUGGCAGCGCAGCUGGGUCUCCUUACCUCAAAGACAUGAAGAACAUCUGGCCACCCAAGGGAGUGGAUGAUGCAUUCCAACCGACCUUCACUGCAUUCUUCGAAGCCGGCUAUCGCGCCGAAUUAACCAUCCUGAAGGCGCUGUCAAUCGGACUAGGUCUACCUGAGCAUAAGCUUGGACAGCUCCACGCAGACCAGACCAAUGAGCUGCGCAUCACGCACUAUCCUGCGGUCGCCCGAGGGGAAUUUGCGCAUUCGACACGUAUCGCUACGCACACUGACUUUGGGACGAUCACCCUGUUAUUCCAAGACGCAGUCGGAGGAUUACGUGAGUUUUUUUUUUUUUUUUUCGUGCAUCUCUCGGGUCAUGUUGGUCAUGUUGUGGUGCUAAUGCAGGUGGCAGAAAUGGAGGUUCCACCGCAUAGUGGGCAGUUCGCGGACAUCGAGAGUGGAGGGCCAUACGAAUGUAUUUUGAAUGUGGGGGAUUGCCUGCAGAAGUGGACUGGGUUGCACAGUGCGCGCCAUCGAGUCCAUCUUCCCGAUCGGUCCAAGGAAGAGCAAAUUAAUGGGAUAGUGCCGGAGCGCUUCUCGAUCGCGUACUUUGCCAAACCUGACCGGGCUGCGAUCCUCCGACCACUCCUGCUGGAAGGUGUCCCCGAGGAGAAAUAUCUGACAGCCAAUGAGUUUCAACACAUGCGGAUUGCGGGAACAUACUGA